UAUCGACUGUCGUUGCCAGACACGCGAGAAUAAACAAUUACAUUUAUGCAUACGAACAAGUUUGCAACUUUGCAGUUUUUAUAUUCUUGGUCUAGUUUACUGGCAAAAGCAAUCGCAGCAAGGACAUUUACCGUAAAAACCAGGCAUUGUGUACCCAUACACAUACAUCGAGGCCAUUGUUAAUAUGUGACCAGACCACAUUCGAAGUUUGGUAGACGCUUUUACCACCUUGGCUGGCAUUUGAGACUUUCAAGGCCGAAUUUUUUGGAACAAUAUAUAAAUAGGACCUCGAAAAACUCGGUCAAAUUCAACGCAACGGAGUUGGAAUAAGAACCAAGUUGUUAAAGGUUUAUACCGGAUAAGCGCUCUAACAUUAGAGCCUAAUGCUGGCAUGCUUCUACUUGCGUUCGAUGUUUCAUUUCUGAACGAAAUAUUUUAUUUUGUUUUUUUGGUGACGAACAAAAAAAGAUCAAUAAAGGUUAUCAACUAACCAAAACUGAAUUUUCAUUUUUCGCAUUUUGUACAGUUCAGCUGCACCGCGAGUGAAAAGUGUUAUGGACCCACUGUUGGCUCAUUACCACCAAACUGUAAUACUGUGGUUCAAAUCUAUGAUAUUUCGGUUCCCGGCGCUGAGCAUAUUGGUUAGCGCGCCUGCUUUUAACCUGAAAAUUACAAUCAUGAUCUAUUUUUAGGUUACAGAGGUUGUCUAAGGAUCUUAUCUUUGCUGUUUUAAAGUGGAAAUUAAACAUGGUGGCGCAAUCGCAAUUGGAAAGUAUUCUACUUCAAAAUGGAGGUGGAUUUAUAUUCCAAACUCUACUUGCCGAUGUCUUACUGUUUGCCGCGCUGGUAUUUGUAACUGCUAAGUAUGUAAGUCCUGCCGUAAAACACCAGUUUAAGUUGAAGAAAUGCGGAAAAGAAGUUGGAGGUCCAAAAGGACAUUGGUUUUAUGGCGAUUUGCUUGAGAACGGUUACGACAAGACUGGGCUUUUAAACAGCGGGAAGCGAUGUGAAGAAUUCCCAGCAAUGUGCACCCAAUGGUUGGGCCCUGUACAAAUGAAUGUACAACUCCAUCACCCUGAUGUUACUAAAACAGUGCUAUCUAAGUCACACCCAAAAGGUUACGCGUACGACAAGUUUUUAAAACCUUUGCUGCAAGAUGGUUUGGUGACGUCAAAAGGCGAUUUAUGGAAACGUCACAGAAGGUUGCUAACCCCUAUCUUCCAUUUCGAUAUUUUGAAAUCCCAUGUUCAAAUUUUCAACCAAAAUACAACUGAACUUCUCGACUGGAUGGAAGAAGCGUCGAAAAGUGACGUAGGGGGUAACCUAAUGAUCCCGUGUUCCAACAUGGCGUUCAAUAACGUCAUGGAAUGUGUGAUGUCACAAAAAUGCAGCGCCAAAGAAGGAGAAAUUUCUACCUAUACCGGAUAUGUAAAAUCUAUGUCUAACAUGAUGUUUCAACGACUAUCUCGACCACUUUUACACAGCGACACUAUGUUCAGAUUUUCUAAACUUGGCAAACGGUUUAGCUUUGCUAAGAAAGGGAUUGAAGAUUAUGCGAGUAAGUUAAUAAAAGAACGGCGGGCAAUACUUUCAAGCAAUUCCCCCAAUAGUGAACUAACCACGACGAAUAUAAAAGAUGAAGUCACUGGCACGUCAUUCAAUUUUACCAGACGUAAGGGAAAAAUGGUCGAUUUUCUGGACAUACUUAUACAAACAAAGGUAUAGCUAGUAGACUUAAUACCAGAAACUUAAUAAAAUCCUAACAUACAACACAGAGCGGUUUAGGCGCAGCACGGUUUUGUAAAUUUCAAAUAUAUAG